UAGGAUAUCAAUAUCGUUUUAUUGUUAUCGACAGAAAAUAGUACAGGUGUAUACAUUUGAAAAGUUUGGGCGCGAAUUGGAAUUUGUCGCAUAUCCGUGGAUCUCCCGCUAUAAAUAGCUAGGUGAUGUUCGAGGCAGCCGAAAAUCACGUGGUGACGGGGCUCGCACUCGCGUUCGGCGGAUUCGGCGGACCAGUCCAGUCACGGUCCGCGCGGCAGUCCGCGGACGGUCCCCGUGCGAGUUGUAGGAGAGAUCUCGUGCCAUCUGUCGUUACGACAGCGACAGCGAACAGCGCGUGCUACGCGUUCACGAGGCGGGCAUAGCACUGCGGCAGUUUCAAGUACGCGCACUCGCACUAAAGCCCUUGUUGACCUUUCGCGUAGUCUGUGGUGACCUUCGUUUGAACCUGACCGUGAGACUGCGUUCCCCCGGCCAGCAGACUCAGUCCCGAAGGCACCACCGCCCUGCGCUGCUUGCGCUACUGCUCUUGGAACAUCUCGCGUACAUACACGAUUGUGGAACAGUCAAGAAAAUGUCAAGGGAACGCGCGUCCAGAAGAUUUUAUCGCGUAGAUAGUACCAAUGAUCUGUUUGAAUUCAUGGACCGUGGCUACUCGGCCCAACACGAAAAUCGAUGGAAUUUCGAAGUUGCAUGGGAAGCUGCCAACAAAGUCGGUGGCAUUUAUACGGUAAUAAGGUCCAAAGCUUACGUCUCAACUGAAGAAAUGGGCGACCAGUUUUGUCUCAUUGGUCCGUACAAGGAACAUUCAGCUCGCACCGAAGUGGAGGAAGCCGAUUUUCCCCCUCACAACCCUUUGCAUCAAGCGGUACAAGUGUUGCGCGAUCAGGGAUACAAAGUGGUAACAGGGACAUGGCUGGUGGACGGAAAUCCUCAAAUCAUUUUAUUUGACAUUGGAAGUGCCGCUUGGAAGCUGGACGAGUACAAACAAGAAUUAUGGAGUACGUGCAAUCUUGGAAUACCUCACCUCGAUAUCGAAGCUAAUGACGCCGUGAUACUCGGAUACUUGGUUUGCCAAUUUAUUGCCGAAUUUAGGAAGGCAGCCGAAGGAUACUCGAGCGUUCCACCGAGAAUAGUCGUGCAUUGUCACGAAUGGCAAGCGGGUGUCGGAUUAAUUGCUUUGAGAACGAGACACGUUGAUGUGGCUACGGUGUUUACCACUCACGCUACUCUUCUCGGUAGAUAUCUUUGCGCGGGAAAGACUGACUUUUACAACAAUCUAGAUAAGUUCAGUGUCGACGAAGAAGCAGGAAAACGUCAAAUAUACCAUAGAUAUUGCAUGGAGCGCGCUGCCACACACCUGGCGCAUGUAUUUACGACAGUGUCCGAUAUCACUGGUUUCGAGGCAGAGCACUUGCUCAAGCGCAAACCCGAUAUCAUUACACCGAACGGAUUGAACGUAAAGAAAUUUGCUGCAUUGCACGAAUUUCAGAAUUUACAUGCAAUUAGUAAAGAGAAGAUACACGAGUUUGUGCGCGGUCACUUUUAUGGACACUAUGACUUCGAUUUAGACAAAACGUUGUACUUUUUCAUCGCUGGCCGAUACGAAUUCGGAAAUAAGGGCGCCGAUAUCUUCAUAGAAGCCUUGGCUAGAUUGAACCACUACCUAAAAACAUCCAGGCCAGAUUUGACCGUGGUAGCUUUCCUCAUUUUUCCUGCAAAAACCAACAACUUUAAUGUCGAGUCACUUCGCGGCCAUGCGGUAACGAAAUCCUUACGAGACACCAUCAACGAUAUACAGCAGAAAAUAGGGAAACGUAUGUACGAAUUGUGUCUCUCUGGUCGUAUGCCUGAAGCUCAGGACCUGUUGCAGAAAGAAGACACCAUCAAGAUAAAGCGUUGUCUAUACGCUCUCCAAAGAAAUGGAUUGCCGCCUAUCACAACGCACAACGUUGUCGACGACUGGAAUGAUCCGGUGUUGAAUGCCGUUAGAAGGUGCAAUCUCUUCAACACCGUCCACGAUCGCGUUAAGAUGGUAUUUCAUCCGGAGUUUCUGUCUUCGACGAAUCCGCUGUUUGGGCUCGAUUACGAGGAGUUUGUCAGAGGAUGCCACCUGGGCGUCUUCCCCUCGUACUAUGAACCCUGGGGAUACACGCCGGCUGAAUGCACGGUCAUGGGGAUUCCCAGUAUCACCACGAAUCUAUCAGGCUUCGGGUGCUUCAUGCAGGAGCACAUAGCAGAUCCGAUGAGUUAUGGCAUAUACAUCGUCGACAGACGUUUCAUCGGUUUGGAAAUGAGUGUUCAGCAGCUCGCCCAGUACAUGUUCGACUUUGCGCGACUCAGUCGCCGUCAACGUAUCAUCCAGAGAAACCGUACGGAACGUCUGAGCGAUCUUCUCGAUUGGCGAAAUCUUGGCAUUUAUUACCGCCAGGCGAGAAUAAAGGCGCUCAUGACCGUGUACCCGGAAUUGGCAUCCGAGUAUGCCGAGGGUGGAGUCGGCCGAUUCAAUUAUCCCAGACCAAUCAGCGAACCACCAUCUCCGUCAUCCUCGCGACACACGACACCGGCUGCUUCGGUACACGGUUCGGACGAUGAGGACGAUGAGGACGAGGUUGAUGACGAAAAAGAGCUGGAAGAAUUGCGGCAAACGAAUGGAAGGUAAAUACCAGGAAUCGGAAGCACUCGGAACGAAAAGCGGAAACCACAACGAGAUCCAAGACAAUUUGCGGAAUGCAACGCUCAUGGUAACAGCAGUGCCAAAAUAUUAGUCGUACGAUUCCUGCUACGGACGUACGCGUCCCGGUUCAAUAAUUUGUUAAUUCGUCUCGAAUACACUUCAAUGAUUUCUCGUUGAUUGUCACUGCCCCGUAUCACUGCGAGAUACAAGACGGAACAGUUACAGUUACUUAUAAAAGUAGUAAUAAUUGAAAUCACUCACAAUCAAAGUUGUGUGAUCAUUAAAAGUAAUAAUGUUAUUUAUUCGAGUCUUUAUUAGUUUUAUUCGUAACUUGGCAUAACUUCCUCCAUCCGGCUGAUUUUUCAAUUUCUCUGAUCGUGUACGCUGGUUCAGCCAAACGAUUUAAUAUACAGUCGUUUUAUUAUCGUUUCAAUAUUCGAUGAAAGGUUUGAAUGCGAAAGAAGAAAAGACCAUACAUGUGCGUUCGCGUGUAUCGCAUCACAUCUCAUACGCGCACUAGAGGUUUACAUUUAUGGCAAUGUAGUAACGUUUCGUGAGUCAUAUGGUCAGUGAAUUUGAUGUACACGCAUGUAAUAAUGAUCGUGAGCACGUAUACAAAAACGUAGGCAAUACGUUCUUGCUGUAAUACAGACGAUUAUAUUUUUUUAUUAGAGUUGGCACUUGGAUAAAAGUUUCUAUCGUUUUAAGUUAUUUAAUCAAUAGUAGUAAGCAAUAUUCGCUUUUUCGUUACGAAAUCGUUCGUGCAACGGCAUAUAAUCUACAAUUAUGUUGCGAUAUUACAAAAAUGUACGGAAAACUGCUACAAUGAUAAUCGGGAAUUUUACUUUGUAUGGGUUAUUAACAUAAUGUACAAAAUGAAAUGACUGACAAUGAGUUACAUCCUGUACGUCACGCGAUUGUAGUAUUUGGUAUUUAUAGUACCAAAUGAUUUGCGUUACUUUACGUAAGUUUUAAAUAAAUAUUUACACAUUUACACAAAACGCGUAAUACAUUACAUAAUUGAUAACAAUAACUACAGCUCUUACUAUACAAAUACACAAUAAUAUACAAAGUCACCACAAUUUUGAACAGUUUGAGACUAUGCGCGCGUUUAAUAAUUACACGACAGCGAUAAGAGCGUUAAUUUGGAAUGACCUUUCUUCUUUUUUUUUUCUUUGUAAGUUGCUAGUCAAUUAUCGUAUGCAAUGAGAUUCCACAACAUAUUAUAUUCUUCAUACCGACCAUUCGUAUUUUCCUAUGUUAAAUGGUUUACAUUAAGAAAUUAUCUAUUAAAUAAAUAGAAAAUAUUCCAA